CAAAAGUCAUCUGACUGUCUGGAGCCAAAAUGGGGAGUUCUACAGCGAGCCUGUUCCUUCUACUGGGCUGCUUCACCACCGUGUUCUGUAUCACACGGGAAUAUUUUAUCGGGAUUCAGGAGAUUCAGUGGGAUUACGCUCCCACUGGGAAAAACAUCAUCCUCAACAAACUGCUGAAGGAAGAUGAACACGCUGCUACGUUCCUGGAGCGCGGGCCCCAGCGGAUCGGCAGCGUGUACAAGAAAGCAGUUUACCUGCAGUACACUGACGCCACCUACAUAAAGGAGAUAACCAAGCCCAAGUGGCUGGGCUUCCUGGGCCCUGUGAUGUCGGCUGAGGAAGGGGACGUGAUCAAGGUCCAUCUGAAGAACAUGGCCAGUAGGGCCUACUCCAUCCACUCCCAUGGAAUCAUGUACAACAAGACCAGUGAGGGUGCUCUGUACCCGGACGAGAUGACGGACGCGGAGAAACAUGACGACCGGGUGGAUCCUGGGAAGAGCUACACUUACGUGUGGGUCCUGAGCGACACCCACGCCCCCACCAAGGAGGACACCAACUGCCUGGCACGCGCCUAUCACUCCCACCUCCACGCACCCCAAGACAUCGCCUCAGGACUUGUAGGACCCCUCAUCAUCUGUAAAAAAGGUACCCUGGAUGUCUAUGGUGACAAGGCAGCAGACUACUCGUACGUCCUGAUGUUCACUGUGUCGGACGAGAACAUGAGCUGGUACCUGGAUGACAACAUCAAGACCUACUGCACUCAGCCAUCAACAGCAGCCAAUAGCCCACAACAGCCAUCAACAGCAGCCAAUAGCCCACAACAGCCAUCAACAGCAGCCAAUAGCCCACAACAGCCAUCAACUAAAGUAGACAAAGAUGAUGAAGCCUUCCAGGAGAGCAACCUGAUGCACUCGAUCAAUGGCUUUGUGUACGGCAACCUGCCUGACUUGAGCAUGUGUGUCGGAAACAAGAUCCACUGGCACCUGAUCGGCAUGGGCAAUGAGGUGGACGUCCAUUCAGUGUUCUUCCAUGGCCAGAUCCUGACCAACCUUGGUCACCACACAGACGCGGUCAGCUUAUUCCCAGCCACGUUCACCAAUGUGGAGAUGACCGCUGACAACCCUGGUCACUGGCUGCUGAGCUGCCAGGUCAACGACCACCUGAUGGCGGGCAUGCAGGCCCUCUUUGAGGUAAAGAAGUGUUUCCCCGCCGUCCACAAGCCGCGGCCCAGCGGGGAGGUGAGGGAGUACUUCAUCGCUGCCGAGGAGGUGCUGUGGGACUACGCCCCCUCACAGGUCAACCACGGCACAGGGAAACCUCUGAACACAGACGGUGAUUCAGAGACGUUCUUCCAGAGAGGUAACGAUCGUAUUGGGGGGAAAUAUAAAAAGGUCCAGUACAAGGAGUACACAGACAAAACCUUCACCGUGCAAAAGGAGAGAACACCUGAGGAGUUGCACCUAGGGAUUCUGGGUCCUGUGAUCAGGGCUGAGGAGGAAGACACCAUCAAGGUGGUGUUUCAGAACAAGGCCAGCCGUCCUUUCUCCAUGCAGCCACAUGGAGUGCAGUACAGCGUCGAGCAGUCAGGGACUCUCUACUAUAACGAACUGGAAGAAUCCUACACUGCCAAAAAACUCAGAGAAAUCAAGAAGGAGACGAGAACUGUAACCCCUCCCCCGGCAGCGCUGGUCAAACCAGGCACCACCCACACCUAUGAGUGGGUGGUCCCUAAGGGGGGCGGGCCGGUGGUGGACGAUGCAGACUGCAUUACAUACUUCUACUACUCAGCCGUGGACCCUGUCAAAGACACCAGCUCCGGCCUUGUUGGACCCCUCCUGGUCUGCAAAAAAAAGACCCUCAAAAAAGGGAAACAGAAAAACGUGAACAAGGAGUUCCACAUGUUGGCUACAGUGUUUGAUGAGAACCUGAGCUGGUUUCUGGAUGACAACAUUAACCAGUUUACCAAGGCUCCUAAAACAGUCAACAAGGAGGACGAGGACUUCCAGGAAUCUAACAAAAUGCACUCGAUCAAUGGCUACAUGUAUGGGAACCUUCCAGGGCUGACCAUGUGUAAGGGGGACAAGGUGUCUUGGCACCUGUCUGGCCUGGGCUCUGAGGCUGAUAUUCACGGCCUAUACUUUGAAGGGAACAGGUUCAUCUACAGAGAGACACGCAGAGACGUCAUGAAUGUGUUCCCUCACAUCUCCCACACUGUCAUGAUGGAGCCAGACAGCAUGGGUCAGUUUGAGGUGGUGUGCAGGACGACGGACCAUUACCAGGGAGGUAUGAGGGCCAACUACACCGUGCAGAAGUGUAGUAUGUUCAACAGGCAGUCAGAGAUCAUGCUCCACUCUAAGACCUACUACAUUGCUGCCAUUGAGAUAGACUGGGACUACUCCCCCAACCGGACCUGGGAGCAGGAGAUGUACCAUGGCCUCAUACAGAGUCCAGGAAAUGAUUUCAUUGAUAAACAGGGUAAGUUCAUCGGCUCCAUAUACAAGAAAGUUGUGUACAGGGAGUUCACCAACAAUAAAUUCACCAAACAGAAGGAGAGAUCAGCAGACAUGCAACACCUGGGGAUCCUGGGCCCUAUGAUCCAUGCAGACAUUGGUGACAAAGUCAAUAUAGUCUUCAAGAACAUGGCCACAAGAACGUACUCUAUUCACGCACAUGGGGUGAAGACAGACGUACCACAAGUCAAAGAAACUAAGCCAGGUGAAACACAGACAUACACAUGGUAUGUCCCCAAGACAGCUGGGCCUACAGACAAACAGGAGACAUGCAGUGUGGGAGCUUAUUACUCCACAGUCGACGUCAACAAGGACCUGUACAGCGGUCUAAUUGGUCCCCUAGUGAUAUGUAGGCGGAGCUAUGCGAGAACAUUUGGACUGAAGAAGGAAGUGGAAGAGUUUGCUCUCCUCUUCAUGGUGUUUGAUGAGAACGAGUCCUGGUACCUGGACGACAACAUCAAAACAAACAUCAAGACACCCACCAGGAACAUCAAAGAGGAUGAGGACUUCAUCGAGAGCAAUAAAAUGCACGGCAUCAACGGGCAGCUGUAUGGAAACCUGCUGGGACUGAACAUGGAAGUGGGGGACAAGGUGUACUGGUACCUGAUGGGGAUGGGCAACGAGAUAGACAUCCACACUGCCCACUUCCACGGGCACAGCUUUGACUAUAAGCUGAGUGGAGGGUCCCACCGUGCGGAUGUGUUUGGCCUGUUCCCAGGCACCUUCCAGACGGUGAAGAUGAGACCUACGUACCCUGGUUCCUGGCUGCUGCACUGCCACGUCGCAGACCACAUCAAGGCCGGCAUGGUAACAGUCUACAAAGUCACUGAGAAAGAAAAGAAGGGCUUUUUUGGAUGAACGCGGAGCAUUAACACAAACAGAAAAUAAAAGCUACGUACAUCUCUUCAGUAAUUACACAUUGACCUCGUAUUCCACACAAGGAGCACAGUGACCACUGACAAUGCAUGAAUUAACUAAAACGGCUUUAAUACAGGGUUUAAGCCUACCUGGUUAAAUAAAAGGUGAAAUAAAAAAAUAAAAAAGCAAUGAGCAAUGUCUAAUGUCAAUGUUCUAAAAUACAUUUUGAAUAAAGAAAAUAUAAAAUCCUC